AUGCCCCCUUUUCACUACAUCCGGCCGGCGCUAGUUGGCCGCGCCGGGCUUAGACUGCAGGUGCCGGUUUCGAUACCGAGCCGAUUUUCGACCGGACUGCAGCCGAGUCUAUCGGCGCGUGCACGCCCGAGCCGUGGUGUGCGCUUCGCCUCAACGUCCGAGGCUCCUCCCGCCGGCAAGACCGUACCCGUCGACAAGGGCGAGAAGAAAUGGCACGAGAAGCUGUCGGAAUGGAACAAAAAGCUCAAGUGGUACCACCACGCCGCCAUAAUUUUCGUGGAGCUGGCCAUAUGCGACUACUACUUUGACAAAUGGGUCCUGGGCAGCUCCACCAUCCGCACCGCCGACGCCUACGCCACGUUGGCGCUAGUUGGGGUGGAUUACAGGCUCAAUUUCGGCCGAGACUCUUGGAUCGGCGGCUCACAUUACGCCAGCGGCUCCCCGGCGGAGAGGGAAGCCCACGAGACCGCCCUGCACCGCCGCAACGCCGAGCGCGUCGUCGCCAUGCUGAAGCGAAACGGCGGCCUGUAUACCAAAUUCGGCCAGGCCCUCGCCAUGCAGGGCGGCGUACUACCCGAGGAGUACCAGCGGCUCUUCGGCGAGAUGUUUGACGACGCACCGCAGGCUUCCUGGAAGGACGUGGAAAAGGUUGUGCGCCGGGACUUUGACGGCCGGGGAGUCGAGGAGGUCUUUGGCGUGCAAAUAGUCGAGGAGGGCGAUGUCAGCAACGCGCCACCUGGACCGAUGGCCUUCUUUGAAAAGUCCCCCAAGGCGUCGGCGUCUAUUGCACAAGUGCACUACGCACGGUUGGCCGACGGUAGAGAGGUUGCAGUCAAGGUGCAGAAACCCGAGGUGGCGAAGCAGGUCUCGUGGGACCUCUGGGCGCUCAGUGUUAUGGCCAAGUGGACGGCGUGGUCGACCGGCCUGCCCGUGACCACCAUCGGCGAUUUCGUGGCCCAGAGGGUUAUGGAGGAGACCGACUUCCGAAACGAGGCCGCCAACGCAGAGCGCAUGGCCGAGCUGCUCGCUACGGAUCCGAGCCUCGGAGACCGUGUGCACAUCCCCAAAGUCUAUCGCGACCUAACUACCGAGCACGUCUACACAACCGAGUGGAUCCACGGCGUCACCCUUUGGGACAAGGACAAGAUGACCGCCGCGCCUGCCCCACCUCCUCCCCCGGGAGCUGAACACAAGGGUGGCUUAGGCCUUCGGCUGGACGAUGUGAUGCGCACCGUGAUAGAGCUAUUCUCGGUGCAGAUGUUCCGCUGGGGCUUUGUGCACUGCGACCCGCACCCGGGCAACAUCCUUGUUAGGCAGCACCCAUCCAAGCGCGGCCGGGCGCAGGUGGUGCUGCUCGACCAUGGGCUGUAUUUAACGCUAUCCGACGACCUCCGGCGGCAGUACGCGCGAUUCUGGGAAGCCAUGGUGACGGGAGACGAGGCGGGGCUUAACAAAGUGUCAGCCGAGUGGGGCAUGGAUAAUGUCGAUGCGUGGGCGGAGGCGUCCAUGUACCGUCCGCUGAAGAAGACCGAAGGGCAGGACGGUGCGGGAAAGAAACGGUCUCAGGAGACGGCCAAGGAGCGCCAGGACCGCAUAACGCGGGAGGCGGGCGCCUACUUUGGCGAAGAGGGCAAGUUCCCCCGCGAACUGCUAUUCCUGGAGCGUAACAUCGCGCUGGUGCAGGGCAGCAAUCGCUUCCUCGGCGACCCCGUGAACCGCAUCAAGCUGAUUGGGCUUUGUGCCAUGCGUGCCCUGCGGAAGGACGAGCUGGAGCGCGGCAGCGGCCACGUCGGCGUGACCGGCUUCGUCGGAGCCACUUUGCGGACGAUGCGCGGCAGGUUCACCCUGGCGAUGCUGGACGUGGCGUACAGCUGGAGCCGGAUCAGACAGUAUUUCGGCUACGGCGACGGCUUCGAAGCCGAUUUGAAAGAAGCCGAGGAGAGGCAGCUGAGGGAGAUGAAAGAUACCGUUGCGGAGCUUUUCGGUGUCACUGUUGACUGA